UGACGUGGACGCCGCUCGAAGCUACCUGAUCCGCCGGACUCCCCUCGGUGCCCAGCAAAAGCAAUUUGGAAUUUGGGCGUGGUAGCCAAAGCAGCGCUGCGGGCGUAAAAAACGUGAAUCGACUCGCACUGUUGUUGCCCCGUCGGUAUCACCCUCGGCAAUCCGCAGCUAUGGCGGCAGCGGCAGAAUUCGAGGACCUGGGCCUCUCCAUUCUGGGGCUGGGUGCCGAGUACCCUCCCCAUGCGCUCGAGCCGAAGUCGCUGGAUGUGCUGAGCAAGCGCUUCUAUCCAGACUCGCCAGCCAUGCAGAAGGUUCUGUCCAUCAACCGAUACACGGGCAUCGACCAGCGCUCCUCAAUAGGCACGCCCGAUCACCCACUCGUGAACCAGCCGAAUCCUCCCUCGAUUGCCGACAUCCACAACGCUUUCAUGACCUACGGCGUUCCGUUAGCCGUCAGUGCCGCCCGAAAAGCGCUGACCGAGGCGCAUGUCGACGCUGAGCAGGUGACGCACAUGGUCUCGACAACAUGUACAGACUCGGCGAACCCGGGGUACGACCACUUUGUCGCGAAAGAGCUGGGGUUGAACGACAACACGGAAAAGGUCCUCCUCCACGGCGUGGGCUGCAGCGGCGGCCUCGCCGCGCUCCGCACGGCAGCCAACCUCUGUCUGGGGCACACCAUGCGCCGAAAACCGGCGCGCAUCCUCGUCGUCGCCCUCGAAAUCAGCACCACCCUGGUCCGGAGCGAGCUCGAGAGCAUCCACGCCCUCCAAGAAACCCGCAUCGGCGUCGUCCUCUUCAGCGACUGCGCCGGCGCCCUGCUGCUCUCCAACGACAUCCCCUUCCCCGACCCAACCGCCCCGCCCCCGCCACCACCGAUCUACACCCUCCUCGGCUGGCAGCACCGCACCAUCCCGGCCACCGAAUCCGAUCUCGGCUUCAACGUCGACCCGCUAGGCUGGAAAGUCGUCCUCUCCCCGCGCGUGCCCGCCCUGACACAAGCCGUGCUCUCCCCGGUCUUCGCCUCGCUCCUGUCCUCCCUGCCCCCGCUCCCCGCAUCCUACCGCUCCGCCCCGGACUUCGACUGGGCCAUGCAUCCGGGCGGCGCGACCAUCCUGUCGGGCGCCGAGCAGGCCCUGGGGCUCACGCCCGAGCACAUGCGCGCCAGCUACGACACGUACAUCCGCCACGGCAACAGCAGCUCGGCCACGAUCCUCAGCGUGCUGGACCGCCUGCGCGCCAAGGACAUGGACGCGCUGGCGCCCGGCGGCGGGCCGCCGCGCGAGUACGUCGUCGGCUGCGCGUUCGGGCCGGGCAUCGCCGUCGAGAUGUGCAUGCUGAGGCGGAACCUGGACCUCAACCUGCAUCUGGGCGGCGGCGGUCGGUCGGCCUGCCGGCGGCCGGGGAUGGAGACGCCGCCCGAGACGGAGAGCGAGGGCGGUGGUGCGGGCAGCGAGGAUGGGGACGAGGCCAGCGUGGGCGGGGAGGAGGUGGCGAACCGCGCUGAUCAAGCCGCGGAGGGAAGCUUGCGGGGAGAAGGGGCAUCAGAUGCUGGGCGUGGGGAAGGGAAGGGGCCAUUAAACGCGCGUCGGACAGAGCGCGGAGAGGAAGAGGCGUUUGUAAACGAGGCGUUGGAGGGGUUGGAGCUGGAUUGAGGAUUCAAUGGUACUGUAGAUAGAGGAGUCUGUGUGGCUCCAUAGAAGCGCAUGAUUUGAGUGCUAUCUAUUUAUUUACUUGGUAGGUGUACAUUAGAACAGAAAGAUGAUUUUGUGGCGAAAGGGUGAGCCCGGACGGGUAAACAAACAUAGGUAGUGGACUAGGUCGUGACGUCACGAUCGGAUGAUGCGGGAUGUUGUUCCUGGGUAACGCGACACAACUUCUUGUGUUUCUCUCGAGUUGGAACCAAGUCACAAGGCAGACAAGCCAC